AUGGAGAGGUCUUCAUUAUUGGAAUUUUUUGAAAUGAAAUCUCGAGAUGGCAGAAGGACUGCAGAAUGUAAGCAUUGCACAAAAUGUUACAAAGAAGGGGAAUCCACGGGAAACAUGGCUAAGCACGUCGGAGGUUACAUCCGGGAGCAUUCAGAGCCCAUAAUGGAAAAGUAACCAAAAACAGGGGACUGGAUGCUUUUGUAAAAAAGAGAACACUCAAAAUUUCUCAGUGAAUUUCAAAUGAGUUCAAGAAGAAUCCACACACUUUCAAAACGGCUUAACUUGUUGCAGACGGAUUUCUUCCGCUUGACUUUGUAAAGCUUUCGACGUGGAGUUUUUUUGGUAUCGAGGAUCGAUCAGCGGCCCCCAUUAGAUCUCGUGCAGCGUUUGCGAAAAAGUUACAGGCUUAUUCCACUAUGUUAGACGAGACUCUCUCUCUCAAUCUGAGAAAUACCCACCUUGUGAAUAUUCAAUUAGAUACUAGGACCGCACGAAGUGGAGAAUCUAACAUAGGAUUACUUGUCUCAUUUGCACCUAACGUAGGGGACAAAAAUCUAUUGGAAGAGAUAGGAGAUCACAAAAUAUUGCUCAACUAUGAUGGGGUAGCUCAAAAUACGCAUUUGCUUGAUUUUGUUUGCUUAGGAGUAAAAAAGUCUAUUGGCCAAGACAUUCUGAGUAUCUUUUCGGAACUUAUGGAAGAGCAUAAUCUGACUGACAAUGUUGCAAUAAUAACCAUGAAUAAUGCUCGUAGGAAUGACUCAAUAUAUCAGUUAUUCACUUACUCGGUUUUUGAUGAAAGGAAACCUUUAGCGAGCCGUCUCCUUGGUAAAACACGCUACAUUCGUUGUGCAAGCCAUGUGUUGAAGUCACACUUCGAGGAAAUAGUUUCUGCGCUAUUCAAAAAUGAGGAGUUUGCCAAAGCAUUGCGUAGAAUUAAGAUGCUAGCUAAAAUCAUGAGGUGCUCCAGUCGAGUUUGCUCUAGGAUGAAAAGCGCCAAUUUCCUUGCAUUCCGCAUAAAGGUCCCACCGAGUGGAUGUACCUUUGGCGUCAGGUUAGUUCGUUUCUCGCCAACUAUGAAAAAUAUUGGACGUGGUUCAAGAAUCAUGACGAACAUGGUGAUACCGACUUCGUCUCUCAGCUUCGAAAGUUUAUUUAUUUUGACAAGCGAACCUUGGAAAUGUUGAAAUAGUUUGUAAAAAGUCUUCAGCUCUUCAAUGAUUUGUCACUUAAGCUACGGAGUAAAUCUUACAACCAUCUGUCGAAUGGUGUACCAUUUUACUAUCUGGUCGACCACUUUUAUUCUGUGUGGGCACUGGCUCUUAAAGGCCAACAAAUCUCUCGAAGCAAGUCGGGCCCUGACUUUUCGUGCUUGAAUAGCACAACGCAGCUGCUACCCAGCGACAAGAAGCUUGUUUUGGAAGCAAUCUGUGCGUCCCAAAAAAUUCAAGAAAAGUAUUUGGAUUUUGUUCGCGAAGACGAGCUUUAUUAUGUGGCAACGAUACUGGACCCAAGUGCUAAGGCGGAUACGCUCUACAAGAUGAUGUCAAAUGAGGAAGCAGACGCGAAAAUCUCAAAAGCCAAUCAGUUCAUCAAAAAUUAUCUAAAGGAAUACAGUAAUUGUGUUGACUCGCUGGCUCCCAACCCAGGUGUGAGGCCGCCUAAGCAGGCAACCUAUAGUUUUGAAUUCGACAAAGAGGAGCGAUCGUGCGCCGUUGGCGACUCACAGAGUUUAGAUGAUACUGACACCUUGUCUGUUGAGGAUGAGCAGCCAAUGGAAGAAUAUUAUGCGUAUCGACGCGAGCCUCGUCUUAAAGAGAGAUCCAAGUAAAGCGCCAUUUCAUGGUGGUAUCAGCAUCAGGCCAGGUAUCCCAGACUCUUUACUCUCGCCAUUUGCUUUUUCUAUACCAAAAUCAGCUCAAGUGAAGUAGAAAGAGUGAUUUCGUUGGCAUUGCGUGUUGCGAGGAAAGAUAGAAGCCGGCUCUCAUCCCUAAAUUUUCAAUCUUUGAUGCUGUUGAGAGACAGGUUUGUUAAUUUUGGAUUUUAU